GGCUCGAUUCCAGCAGUUUCCCACAUCUACGAAUUUAAGCGAAGAGCGAACUGAUCAACUCUCAACAUGACGAAGACAGAAGGCGUCAAAAGAAAGUUAAAGCCUGUGAUAGAGAAGAAGAGAAGAGACCGAAUCAACCAUAACCUAGAUGCGUUAAGAGAUCUGCUUUUCAAGAACACUGCAGACACGCGUUUACAAAAUCCAAAACUGGAAAAAGCAGAGAUUUUAGACCUUGCAGUUCAGUACAUCAAAAAGACCACAAGAAAAACUGAGACAAAGGUGACUUCUAAUCAAAUGGAUUCUAAGGCCACUCAGAAGCAGUCUGUUUCUACGGGCCCCAUCUACGCCAGUGACUUCUAUGUACCAGACUUCUAUGGCAGGUUUAAAUCAUCUGAGCAGAAGGAAGCUCUUCUGAAACUGGGGGUCAACAAUAAUAACCUAACUGGUGCUUCCAAAGCAGGAAAUGAACCAGUGGCCCAGACGGGCUUCCCUCUAUCACCAUCAGGCCAGAACUACCAGCAGGAUCUUCUCUUACACCCUGAAUCAUCUUUGGAUGGCUCCAAACUUUUGCAUCAGUCGACUUCUCCCCCCAGUUCAUCAUCAUCAUCAUCAUCAUCACAAUGUAGUUCCCCGCCAUCAUCUCCCACUUUUACCAGCUUAUUCUCCUCUCCCAGUAACUGCCCUCCAUAUCUAUUCAUGCCUUGUCCUCUACCUGCUCCUUCUGAUUCACUGUCACCUCUUUCAACACCACUUUCACUCCAUAGGCCUGUCAUUGUGCCUCAGCCUAUUCUGCCCAACAUGGCUAGAGAUUUUACCCCACCGCAGUCUCCUGUACUGGCUCUUAGACAGGAACCUUUUUCUCUUCCAACCCAGUCCAUAUGGAGACCAUGGAGCUGAACUCUUACAAUGGUGUGCUUUUCCAUUUUACUUAGUCACUGCUCCAAUGGAGAAAUGACCUCCCAGAAGGACCUAAUGGGACAUAUGGUGUGGCAUGAGCAUCGGGUUAUCACUUGUGUUUGCCCCCAGUUACUAUUACUUUUGUCAUGUUUUCAAUGACGUAUACUUUUAACUUGACUAUUUAUUGUUUUGACAAAUGUUUGUCUUCACUGGUAUAGCCUACCUGUGAUUCUAGCAG